CCCGGCCUAGCUGAGCCCCGGCGUCCGCCCGCAGCCGCCGCUCCAACCCCAGCCCGGGCCCCGUAUCCAGGAAGGCCCCGGGUCUUCGCGCCGAGCCCGGCACUCGGAUUCAGUGGGGCCGCAGGUUGCAGGGCCCAGGAUAACCGAGGCGGCUGCCCCUCCCGCGUCCCCGGGUUUCAAGGACGCUAGGACUCACCGCGGCCCAGAGGCUGCUCGGGAUGGGAGCCGCCAGGAUGGACAUGUUCAUGAAGGGCCUGUCCAUGGCCAAGGAGGGUGUCGUGGCCGCCGCGGAGAAAACCAAGCAGGGGGUCACUGAGGCCGCGGAGAAGACCAAAGAAGGCGUCCUCUACGUCGGAAGCAAGACCCGAGAGGGGGUGGUACAAGGUGUUGCCUCAGUGGCUGAGAAAACGAAGGAGCAGGCAUCACAUCUGGGAGGAGCUGUGUUCUCUGGGGCUGGGAACAUUGCAGCAGCCACAGGCCUGGUGAAGAAGGAGGAAUUCCCCACCGAUCUGAAGCCUGAGGAGGUGGCCCAGGAAGCUGCUGAGGAGCCGCUGAUUGAGCCCCUGAUAGAGCCAGAAGGGGAAAGUUACGAGGAACCACCACAGGAGGACUAUCAGGAGUAUGAGCCAGAGGCGUAAGGGCUCAGGACGGUCCUCCACCAGCAGCACAAUCCCUACCCGGUCCCCUGCCCCGCCCCCCAGAGCCAGGGCUGUCCUUCUAACCCUUUUCCCAAAAUACGAGAUCUUCCUUCCGCUCCGAGGCGCCCUCUCGGAGCCUGUGUUCGUGUCUGUCUGUCCGUCUGCCCUACCUGCCCGCGUCCACCCCUGGGGCGAGGACAGGCCGAGCUGCGGCCGCGGCUGGGAGCCUCGUCCCCACCAGUGUUGGUCCUUUCCUGCCCCCUCCGGUCCAGUGUCUGCGCGGAUGUAGCAUGUUCUAUGUUUUUAAAAGAAGAUCGGAAAGCAACGGCUCCCCUGCCCCUGACGGAGGCUCUCUGAGGGCCCCCCGGGCAGCCCCAGAGCCUCCCAGCCCACUCCCACAUCGACCCCAAGUACCUUUUUUUAACCAAAACCAGGAGCCAGGCUGUGCCAUGUCCCCUCCCCCCAGCCGGCCCGGUCUGAGCGCGGGCGUCGUGUGUUGUGAUUGUGGCAUGGAGAGUCCUCCCAUCCCCCAGUGUGAGCGUGUCCCGGGAGGGCGGGCCCGGCCGUCCCCCGCGUGUCCAUGAAUAAAGCCAAUCUGUCUGUA